UGGCGACCCAUUCGUUCGUUCCAUACGCUUUAAUCGAAAGUCAGAUCGCCGCGGACUGCCGCGUCGUCACGCGGACGCUCGUCGCAUCUUCCUCCUAUCUCUUUUUUCCACAAUUUUGGCUGCAUAAAAUUAUCGAGAAAACUCAACGACAUGUACCCCGAAUAAAGAGGAACACAAAACGAACGAAUUUGGAAACCCCUCUCUAAUUUCUUUCAAUCGCAUUCGAACUUUCAUCGUCGUGGAAUAACGAUCCAUCGUGUAGAGGAAAUGGAAACUCGAUAGACGAAAAAAAAUAGGAUAAAACAAAGUAGAAAAUCUUUCGAACGCGAACGUCGAAUAUUGGGAAUUCUAAUCGUUGAUCGAUAGUUCGCAAGAAAAAAAAAAGAGAGAAAAGAAAGGAAAAGGAGAAGAGAAGAGAAGAGAAGAGACGAGCGAAGGAUACCGAAAGAGAGGCGUCGGGUCGCGUCGCUUCGCCGACGGUUUGAAAAAGUUGGAAAAGCACGAAAAUCGGAAGUAGGAGUAAGACUGAAGAGGAAGCUCGAGGCGGAGGCGAGAAGAGCGAUUGGUGCGAACUCUUAGGCGAGUAGCGCGCGUAUCAACGGUAUAGUCCGGGGGCAUAUACCCAGGGUAUAUGCGUGGCGUAUUAAUAGACGUCGGUAGCUCGUUGGUGGGGGGGACGACGCUUGCUCGCGGGUGAAAAUAGAAAAGAAUGUUUUUGGAAUCCAAUUGGACUUGGUUGGCAGAACGAUGGGUCAAUAUGGCCGACUUGGCCGAGCGGGUGGACGAUCUGAUAUGCAGUUUCGACUCGGCUGGUGACACGACCAUGGAUACAUUGUCGAUGCUGAUAUUCGGUUGGAUGUUAUUCGGUCUCGUGGUGUUGUGCGUCGGCAAGUACGUUUACAACCGUUUUGUCCUAAACGAGCUCGGUACCUCUCGCACCGCGAAGGACGGCCAUGUCUUUCACGGCGAUAGUGUUGUGGUGACGAGUGCUGCUGCUGCUGGUGCUGGCGCCACCGGGGCCAAGUUCCUCGGUCAUCAGGAAAGAUCCACCAAAUUAUCGGCGUCGUCGGUCGGUGUUGCGUCGGGCUCGAGCUCGAAAACAUCGACUUCGACCGGUCCCAUCGGAGUAAGCGGUGCCGUGUUAGCUGCCGCUAAUACAGCCGCAUCUUUCGGGGGAGGUGGCAGCGGCGCGUCCUCGACUAUAGCCGCGGCACCCGUUGCAUCCUCGCCGUCUCCCUCCUCCCCUGGCUACGUCCCACCGACUCCGCCGGUCCGGAAACGACUGACGAGGAAGACUUCCGGUGCUCUUAUCACUCCUGCCAGGAGUUCGAGGGCCCUUCAUUUACCUACGGCGACCGGUGCCGACGCCGAAGCCGUCCGUUGGGUCAACGAACUGAUCGUCUGGCUGCACUCGGACCUUGUCAUCCUCAACGAACUUCUCGCCCUUUGGGUGGCUUCCUUGAACGACUUUACCGCCGGCUCCGUCGACGAGCAUGGAGUGGGCGUCGAAUUUGUUCGUGUUCUUCCGGAAACACAUCCGCCGACUCUGUCAAAUAUUUUCUGCGAAUGCGACUCCAAAGACGAUGUGACCAUAACGUGCGACUGCGAGGCAACGCCAGCCCUGCAGUUGAAAGCGUUUCGUCAAAGAGGCGACAAGUUGGAAUCUAGUCACUAUCGCGUCAACGUAAAUCGCUUCCGUGCUCGGCUCAACGUCGUUUGCAUCACCGAGAAACUUCUAAUCGAUCUGAAGUGCGACGGAUGGCCAGAGGUAAAGGUAUCCCUGGCACAGGUAGGAACGAUAAAGAAGGAUUUGGACGAGAGCCAACUACAGGAAGUAGUGACGGAAAUUGUGGUUGGUGCUUUGAGAGGUACGAACGUUCAUCUUAAUCUUUCGCAAUAUCCAACUUGUCCACGAUUAUGGAGAGAACCACCUACGCAAGCUGGCUUCUCUUUGCCGGUACAUUACGACAGUAUGAGCGGCUCGAAUUCUAUGAUACACAAGGCAUCUCCUCAACGUCUUCACACUCAGCGUCAUGCCACUUCCGCGGCGCAGCUGCAACAGCAACAACAGCAAUAUAUGCCUGGCGAAAAGCGUUUGCUCGUAAAGGUCGUAAGAGCGACCGAACUUGGCGGGCAGCAUCCCUCGGUUGAACCAUAUUGCGUCGUCGAACUGGACGAACCACCGCAAAAGCAUCAAACGUCGAUCAAAAAGGAUACGAUCAAUCCGAUCUGGGACGAAGCUUUCUUGUUCGACGUCAGUCACAACACGACGGAGGUACUACUGGAAGUUUACGACCACGUAAACAAGAGCCAAAAAUUCUUGGGUCUCGGAAUAGUAGGGGUCGAAGAACUUCUGGCAAAUCCUAGCCAGAGGCAGAUCAUACCGUUACAAGGUAGACCUUACGAGGAGGACGACGUAACUGGCACCCUCACGGUAGAGUUUCUCUUCAUCGAGGGUGCAGAGGUGCCACAGAUCGGAUCGAAGCCUUACAAAGUGAAGGAGACGAUAAAACCGAUGUCCCCGACUCGUACCUACAAUCCAGCGACCAAUCUCGUCAGCAGCAAUAGUCUUAAUUACAACAAUGGUAACAGCACUCUUAUCUUGUACGACAAUACCACUCUGUCAGACGGGGAUCCUUAUCUGACGAAUGGUAAUGUCGUCGACUCGCCAUAUAGAAGCGGUCAAACCAACGGUAACAAAGGGACUCUGAUCGUGCAUAGCCAGCAAAGGCAAGCAGAGCGACAAGUAGUAAAGGUAGCUCUGACGGAAAAUGGAAAUUGGCAAGAAAUUUCCCCUGAGCACGGAGCAAAGGAUACCAGCAUGACGUCAGGACCAGAGAGUACGCCAAAUUCCUCUAAUUCAGAAGAAAGAGGAAGAACGCGAAGAAAACGAAGAGAUUUCUUUGGCACGAUAAAAAAGCGUUUGAGUCGAUCAAAAACGAGAAGUAGAUCGGUGGGGCCGGAAGGUGAUAUUAAUCACGAGGACGCACAUUCGAGGUCAAUAUCCGCUGACAGGGCACGAGAUCCUGGAUCGGCACAUUUGUCGAUACCAGGAAGGGAAGAACAUUCGAGGAGAUCAAGUUUGAGCGAAGCGUCCGGUAUUAGCGGAACUUCUACGAGAACUUACGUCAACGAGGCCUCUACUCUCGUUUUAGAAACCUUAGAGAAUGGUAUCAAGAAACAUUAUUUGGUACCACUCUCGCUCGCACAAAAGAGCAAGUGGAGGAAAAAGGGUACGAAACUUCAUAUAUUCAACGAUCACACGUUCAUCGCCAAACACAUGCCAGGAGGUACGGUCUGCGAGGUCUGUAAACGAACGCUCGCUCGAAGAUUAGGCAAACAAGGAUACGAGUGUAGGGACUGUCAAAUGAAAUGUCACAAACACUGUCACGUUAAAGUAGACACAACGUGUCCUACGUCCACCAUACAGAGCAUCGAAUUGUCCCUACUGCCGGUACUGAGCGAAUAAUAAGAUAGAACCUACAUAAGGGUUCCUGAGUUCGUGAGGAAGUCGUCGAUACGUCUAUGCUGAUAUGGGAACCUCUACUACUUCGAUCUAAGUGGUCUUUUUAUUAUUAAUAAUUACAAGACGGUAGAAUGAAAGAGGAAGAAGAAGAAGAAGAAGAAGAAGAAGAAGAAGCAGCAGGAGAAGAGGAAGAAGGAAAAAAGAAAAGUAAAUAAAUUCAAAAAAGAGAGAAAACAAUGGAAAUCAAAGAAAAAAUAUUUUAAGCUUGUGGUCGAGUUUUAUGUACUUACUUACUUCGAAGAUUGAUUAGAUAAGCACCGUCGGUAAGAUAGAUAGUUUUUUUUUUUUUUUUUUGUAAAGCAACAUUUUCAUUCACUUUCGGUAAAAAUCGCUUUGCUCUCACAAUCUUCGGCUUUGAGAGAAGCUCCGUUCGAUUUCCAAGCGAGAAGACGACGAUGACAACGACAACGAUC